AUGAAGCAGAUGUUGCUGAAGACCGCCCAUCAACGUACCCGCAAGUUGCCUGUCCAGGAUUCAUCGUUGGCCUUCAGGAUCGGGACGCCUGGGUUGCCUGUGGGAGAUGAGAAACAUUUCGGUGAGCCCCAACUUCAGAAAGCCAUGGCCUUGUUUAAGAAGGUUCCCAAGGAGGCCACAUACGAAGAUCUCAUCGGACAGGAUAAUCCUCAGGAUGAGCCUCAGCUUCUCGAAGAGGACCCUCUUGCACGGGACAUCUGUGACGAUGUCCACAUGGAGGACGAUGAAGGUUUCCUUUCAGCACUUCUUGGGCCUAUGCCGAUGGUCAGUGGAAAAGACUUGAGCAUGAGGUUAAGUGGAUGGAGUUGGACGAUCAUCGUCAGCUUAUUCCAGAAGGAUAGCUGUUUUGAUGACUUUCCAGUGAGUGUCAAACGACGGAAGGGUGAAGUGUCA